AAUUUUUUGGAAUUUUAUCUCCAUUACAAAGAAACAGCAUUUUCCCUCUUUCGUAUUAGUGGGAGCUAAAUGCAAGUAUCUUUCCUUUUCCUUGCUAAGUAAGUAACAUUUCAAUGAUUGUUCCCUGUAUUUAUUUUAAAACUGCUACUAGAACUAGUAACACCUAGAAGCAUGUAAAGCCUCAUUGUAUUAAAUUCAAAUGAAAAUGUAGGCUUCAAAUCAUGGCUUUGUGUAUCCUAGGCAGCUGGAACCAAUGUGUUUUUAAGUGACUGCUCUGCCCAUUACUAACAUUUCUUGUCUGAAGUUUUGCAAGGUAGAAAUUUCCCCAUGAGUAACAAUAUGGCUGAACAAUAUAUUGUGCAAUAUAAAGGCUGACAAAAGUGAGUUUUUGUUCCUUGUUCCUUUGGUAUUUCAGAAUUUCAUGUCAUUUUACAAUCUUUAUACAUUAUUUGGAUUAAAAGCAGAACAUUACUGACUGUGUUAAUUUUGAUGAUUGAAUUGGAGGUGGUAGAAGGAGUCUAGAUAAAAAGCAAUAGGAGUAAAGAGACAAUUUUAAUAAAAAAAUUAAUCAGAUAUUCUCUUUAGCAUCAUGUCUGGUGAAAUGGGAGUUGAACUUUGUAAAAUCUUUGUUGCUUUUCUGGCUAUAGGCAUAUCAACAUUUUCUAAAUCCUAGACUGUGUGUUGGUAUAUUAUGUGUGGUUGUAGGGAGAAAAAUAAAGCUUUUCUUUUAAAUAAAUCAUAUGAUUCUGUCUCUACUCCCCCUUUUACCAAAGGGUUCACGUUCAGGUAGCUGGAACUUCUCACAGUAUAAACUGCUAAGCUGAAGUGAGCUAGAUGCCACGACAUCCCAGAACUGAACAAUUAUAAGCAGAUCCACAGCAAUGCAAGCACAUAAACCGGCCCCAGCACCUGGAUUUUCAAACGUUAGCUAUGUGCCAGGGAAUCAAGCCCCCUAUGGCUACCCGCAGCAUGCACCAGGGACUUAUCAAGAUGUCGCAGCUGCGGGGAACUAUGGCUUCCAGGUACAGGCCAUGGGAGUCCCAGCUGGACUUGCUGUUCCACCCAUCCAGAAUCAGCCCAUCAUGAAGGAGGGAACAAUCUGGAUGCCUGUCCCUCCUCCUCUUCCCAGCUGCCCUACUGGACUGGAAUACCUCACACAGAUUGACCAGAUAUUAAUUCAUCAGCAAAUUGAACUUCUUGAGAUUAUGACUGGCUUUGAAACAAACAACAGAUAUGAAAUCAAGAAUACGCUGGGGCAAAUGGUAUACUUUGCAGCCGAGGACACUGACUGCUGUACCAGGAAUUGUUGUGGGCCAUCACGACCUUUCACCCUCCGGAUUAUAGACAACCUGGGCCACGAGGUGAUAACACUGCAGAGACCCCUCCGGUGUUCUUCGUGCUGCUUUCCCUGCUGCUUACAGGAGCUGGAAGUUCAGGCGCCUCCAGGAACACCAGUUGGUUAUGUUGUCCAGAACUGGCAUCCCUGCCUGCCAAAGUUUACCAUUCAAGAUCAGAAAAGAAUGGAUAUAUUGAAAAUUACUGGCCCAUGCGUUAUCUGCAGCUGUUUUGAAGACAUUAAUUUUGAGGUAAAGUCUGUGGAUGAGACUUGCACUGUGGGUAGGAUUUCGAAGCAGUGGACUGGGUUUUUGAAAGAAGCCUUUACAGAUGCAGAUAACUUUGGAAUUUCAUUCCCACUGGACCUUGAUGUAAAAAUGAAAGCUGUCAUGAUUGGUGCUUGCUUCCUUAUCGACUUCAUGUUUUUUGAGCAUGCUGGUGAUAAGCAACAGCGAGUAGGAGUUUGGCAAUGAAAUCUAAAACUUUUAUAUAAAAGGAAGAAGAAUGUAAAUCUCCCAACACUCCAGUAAGAAAGUGGAAAAUUUAUAUCUUGGGCUUGUAGUUACAUUCCUAUAAACUAAAAUCUUAAUGAUCUUUUUUUUUUUUUUUUUUGUAAUCUGCUGAAAUAAUUUGUAGUAUUCAAAUAAGAACCCUUCUGUACAGAUCAGUAGUGUGAUUUAUAGAAAUACAUAGCAACCUUUUUUCCAAGAAAUUCAUAAUUGUAAAAUAACUAGUUACUUUAACUCCUGAAAAAGAGGACUACUUCUAUAUUCAAUACUAAUAUAAGCAGUGAGCCUAAUAAAGAGAUCCUGAUCUUUUCCUGUGUA